CAAUGUGCAGCAACAGCUCGUGUGCAAGAUGCGUCUCGCAGAGAAAGAAAAGACGCGGAGCGGCUUGAGUAGAAGGAUGCUUUACAGACAGAAAGGAGAGAGCUCUGCAGCAGGAUCCCCACGGUGCUGCUGAACAUAAAACUGCGUGACUGGUCUCCGCAAGCAGAAGGGAGGAGAGAGGAGAGAAGGGAGGAAGGCAGAGAAGAAAGCAGGGGGAGGGGAGGCAGCUCAGUUCAGUGCGGUGCUGUAGCUGAGUGGAUGAGGCAGCAGCAUCAGCACCACUAGCUGUAGCAUCCUCUCCUUUUGUGGAGGCUGGGGCGGGGGGGUAGGGGGAGCUGUCUUGUAGCUGCUGCAGGACCAACAUUCUCUGCAUACGCAGAAACGUAUCCGGUCACCUCGUCACACGCACCCAUGCCGUGGCGGCCAGAGGCAAGGAGGUGGUGGUAAGUGACGGGGUAAGCUCGGGGGACAGGAGGAAACAGGGACGGCUGGAGGGAUCCCAAACGUGAGGAGGGCUGGAGCGACGGUGACUGGAGCAGAAGCAGCAGCAGAAGCAGCAGCAGUAGCAGCGGCACCAUGGCGCAAGCUGCCAAGCAGCUCCGCAAGACCAAGGACCUCGCAGAGGCCGCCGCCCAGGAGCAGCGGGAGAAGGAGGAGGAGAAGAUCAAAAAGAGGAAUCGAUCCAGAGACCGCAGACGCAAGGCGGAUGCAGCCACCAGCUUCCUGCGUGCGGCUCGAUCAGGAAACCUGGACAAGGCCCUGGAUCACAUCAAGAACGGGAUAAACAUCAACAUCGCUAAUCAAAAUGGUCUUAACGGGUUACACCUGGCCUCUAAAGAGGGCCAUGUCAAAAUGGUUUUGGAGCUGCUGCAUGCUGGCAUUGAACUGGAAGCUACCACCAAGAAAGGGAACACUGCUCUCCAUAUCGCAGCUCUGGCAGGGCAGGAGAAAGUGGUGGCUGAGCUCGUCAACUACGGUGCCAAUGUUAAUGCUCAGUCACAUAAAGGCUUCAGUCCGCUCUACAUGGCUGCACAGGAGAAUCAUUUAGAGGUGGUCAAGUUUCUGCUUGAGAACGGUGCAAAUCAGAGUCUCCCAACUGAGGAUGGCUUCACGCCCCUCGCGGUGGCCCUCCAGCAGGGCCAUGAAAACGUUGUGGCGUUGCUCAUCAACUACGGCACGAAGGGGAAAGUCCGCCUCCCAGCACUUCACAUAGCUGCACGAAACGACGACACUCGCACUGCCGCUGUCCUCCUGCAAAAUGACCCCAACCCCGAUGUGCUUAGCAAGACUGGUUUCACCCCGCUACAUAUCGCAGCUCACUAUGAAAACAUGAGUGUAGCGCAGCUGCUUCUGAACAGAGGAGCAAAUGUAAACUUCACCCCCAAGAAUGGAAUCACACCUCUUCAUAUAGCCUCCAGGAGGGGCAACAUGAUGAUGGUCAGAUUACUGCUGGACAGAGGAGCUCAGAUCGAUGCCAAAACAAAGGAUGAGCUGACUCCUCUUCAUUGUGCAGCUCGGAACGGUCAUGUUCGCGUUAUUGAAAUCCUCCUGGAACACGGUGCUCCCAUCCAGGCUAAAACUAAGAAUGGUUUGUCCCCAAUUCACAUGGCAGCUCAGGGGGAUCACAUGGACUGUGUCAGGCAGCUACUGCAAGACAAUGCUGAGAUUGACGAUAUCACACUGGACCAUCUAACCCCGCUUCAUGUAGCAGCCCACUGCGGUCACCAUCGCAUGGCCAAAGUCCUUCUGGACAAAGGAGCCAAAGCUAAUGCUCGUGCUCUGAAUGGCUUCACACCUCUUCAUAUUGCUUGCAAAAAGAACCACAUGAGGUCAAUGGACCUGCUGUUAAAGCACUCUGCUUCCUUGGAAGCUGUCACGGAGUCGGGUCUCACUCCUCUUCAUGUAGCAGCAUUCAUGGGCCAUCUAAACAUAGUAAAGAACCUGCUCCAACGAGGGGCUUCACCUAAUGCUUCCAAUGUGAAAGUGGAGACCCCCCUCCAUAUGGCCUCCAGAGCAGGACACUGUGAAGUGGCUCAGUUCCUGCUACAGAAUGCAGCACAAGUGGAUGCAAAGGCAAAGGAUGACCAGACACCCCUACACUGUGCGGCUCGUAUGGGCCACAAGGAAUUGGUCAAGCUGCUCCUGGAGCACAAGGCUAACCCUGACUCAGCGACGACUGCAGGUCACACGCCCUUACACAUCGCUGCGCGUGAAGGACACGUCCACACCAUACGGAUAUUAUUAGACGCAGGAGCUCAACAAGUGAAGAUGACAAAGAAAGGUUUCACUCCUCUCCAUGUAGCUUCGAAAUAUGGAAAAGUGGAUGUAGCGGAGCUUCUUCUGGAAAGAGGCGCCAAUCCAAAUGCAGCAGGGAAAAACGGUCUGACACCUCUUCAUGUGGCCGUGCAUCACAACAACCUGGAUGUUGUUAAACUCCUGGUCAGCAAGGGAGGAUCUGCACACAGCACUGCCCGAAACGGUUACACUCCUCUGCACAUAGCUGCCAAGCAGAACCAGGUGGAGGUGGCCAGUGUUCUGCUUCAGAAUGGAGCGUCCCCAAAUGCAGAGUCCCUCCAAGGCAUCACGCCCUUGCACCUGGCUUCACAGGAGGGGCGGCCCGAUAUGGUGGCUCUGCUCAUCUCCAAACAGGCAAAUGUAAAUCUAGGAAACAAGAAUGGACUGACUCCUCUGCAUCUCGUAGCUCAGGAGGGUCAUGUGGGCAUCGCAGACACUUUGGUCAAACAGGGCGCAUCCGUUUAUGCUGCUUCACGGAUGGGCUACACCCCACUCCAUGUGGCCUGUCAUUAUGGAAACAUAAAGAUGGUGAAGUUUCUUCUGCAGCAGCAGGCUCAUGUGAAUGCCAAAACAAGGAUGGGCUACACCCCUCUGCACCAAGCAGCUCAACAGGGCCACACUGAUAUUGUGACUUUACUACUAAAACAUGGAGCCAUGCCUAAUGAGAUCACAUCAAACGGGACGUCUCCUCUUGGCAUCGCUAAGCGAUUGGGUUAUAUUUCUGUCAUCGAUGUGCUAAAGCUGGUUACAGAGGAGUCUGUUUCCGCUAUGACCACAGAAAAGCAUCGGAUGAGCUUUCCUGAGACAGUAGAUGAGAUUUUGGACGUUUCUGAAGAUGAAGGAGUUUGCCAGCUAACUUUAGGAGAUGAAUUGCUCGGGCUGGAUGGAGCACGCUAUUUGAAACUUGAUGACUUCAAAGACCAGGAUGAUGACUUUCUCUCCCCAAAGAAAACCCUCAGAGAUUUUGAGGGUGGGACGGGAACCACGCCAUACUCCCCUGCUAUUCCCAGGAUUCCUUGUGUGUCCCCGGAGACAGUGCAGCUCGACCAGCACACGCCCAUCCCUUUACCAAAAGAGUAUGAUGAGGAUUCUCUUAUCCCAAGUAGUCCAGCUACAGAGACCUCAGACAAUGUCAGCCCUGUGGCCAGCCCCAUCCACACAGGAUUCCUGGUGAGUUUCAUGGUGGAUGCACGAGGAGGCUCUAUGCGAGGAAGCAGACACCACGGCUUGCGGGUGAUCAUCCCUCCCCGCACCUGCGCCGCACCGACACGCAUCACCUGCCGCCUUGUGAAACCCCAGAAACUGACGACGCCUCCUCCACUGGUGGAGGGAGAGGGCUUGGCCAGUCGCAUUAUCUCCCUGGGACCCUCCAGUAUGCAGUUUCUAGGGCCUGUCAUAGUGGAAAUCCCCCACUUUGCCUCGUUGGCCCGUGGGGACCGGGAGCUUGUGGUCCUCCGAAGUGAAAACGGCUCCGUUUGGAAGGAGCAUCGCAAUCGCUAUGGAGAUGAAGUGCUAGAAACCAUCUUGAAUGGCAUGGAUGAAGACUUGGAGAGUCAAGAGGAGCUGGAGAAGAAGAGGAUACGUCGAAUCAUCUCCACCGACUUCCCCCUCUACUUUGCUGUGGUCUCUCGCAUUCAGCAGGAAAGUGAUCUUAUUGGCCCUGAAGGUGGCCGGCUCACCAGCAAGCUGGUGCCCCAUGUGGAAGCCAUCUUCCCUGAGACGGCUGUUACUAAGAGAGUGAGGCUGGGAUUGCAGGCACAACCAAUCCCAGAUGAACUGCUAACUCGGCAGCUGGGGAACCAGGCAACCUUCAGCCCGGUGGUUACAAUUGAACCCCGGCGGCGCAAGUUCCACCGUCCAAUUGGUCUGCGCAUUCCUUUACCUCCAUCCUGGAGGGAAAGUCCACGUGAUGCAGGGGAGGGAGACACCACCAGCUUGCGCCUUCUCUGCAGUGUUAUUGGUGGAACAGCUCCAGCUCAGUGGGAGGACAUCACUGGAACCACCAAGCUGAUGUACGCGAGUAACUGUGCCAGUUUCACCACCAAUGUGUCUGCAAGAUUCUGGCUGGCAGACUGUCCGCGUACAGCAGAAGCAGUGACCUUUGCCAACUUGCUGUACAAGGAGCUCAUGUCAGUCCCAUAUAUGGCCAAAUUUGUCAUUUUUGCGAAGAUGAACGAGGUUCGGGAAGGUCGAUUGCGUUGCUACUGCAUGACAGACGACAAGAUGGACAAGACUCUGGAACUGCACGAAAACUUCUCAGAGGUGGCCCGAAGUCGAGAUAUCGAGCUUAUGGAGGGCAUGCCGCUGCACCUGGAGUGUUCUGGGAAUUUAGUGCCCAUCCGGAAGGCCACUCAGCAGCCUCGCAGCUUCAGCUUCCAGGCCUUCAGAGACAACAGGCUGCCGGUUUCUGUCAAGGUCAGGGACAGUAACAAGGAAGCCACUGGGUUUCUGUCUUUUCUGAGGAAAUGCACGAAGUACGAGGACUCACAACAUGUCUUGUGUAACCUUAAUAUAACCAUGCCACCUUGUGUCAAGGUUGCUGGGAGCGAGGAACGCAGGCGAACUUUAACCCCUCUGGCCCUGAGAGAGCGCUACAGUGCACUGAACGAGCCUGGUGUGGCUUCAGUGAACGCCAUGGAGAGAACUGAGAUCAAAAUCAACAUCAUAUCUGAUCAGCUAGGCUUAAGCUGGGCAGAGUUGGCGCGAGAGCUUCAGUUUAGUGUUGACGACAUCAACAGGAUCCGUGUAGAAAAUCCAAACUCCCUUUUGGACCAGAGCUCCGCCCUGCUCAACCUGUGGCUCAGCCGAGAGGGCAAAAGGGCCAAAAUGGAGAGCCUGUACACCGCUCUGAAGAACAUUGACCGUGCAGAUAUUGUGUCUUCACUUGCGGGUCAGGCCCCACCACAGGGGCCCGGGUUGUCAGAAGAGGGGGCCUGUCGUCUGGCUGACAGAGACUCUACGUUGUUGUCACCCAGUGUCAUUAAUGAGAUCACGGACACAAGGCCUUCACGCAUAGUGCACAAGCCAAGAGUUAUUAGACCCCCGUUUUUCAGAAGGGGUUAUGGGCUGGUGCAGGAGGAGCUUGUGUCCCCGGCCUCCAUGCAGUACAGCUUGCCCUCUCCAUUGGGUGUGGAGCCAUACUGGCAGGAGGUUUCCAGCCUGGAGUGUGCGCCCAUUGCCACUACGGAGGAAGACACACUAAUGGAGAUGUCGGAUGUUCAGGUGUGGCCAGCAGGGGUUAGCCCCUCGCUGGUCACAGUUGAGGACUCAUCGCUAGAUGGUAGCAGUCGAGCAGAUGACUCUGAGGGUGCGACGCUUUCCUUGCCCUGCAGCUUGGGCCGCCCAAGCAGCGGAGCCAGUGGGGCCAGCGGCUCCAUCAUGGAGCUGGAGGAAGAGGAGGAGGAGGAGGGGGAAGUAGAAGAGGAGGAAGUGCCACAAGAGCCAGCGAGUGCACUGGCAGAACAGGACAGAGUGAGGGCCAGUGGCGCUGUUCCCAAGGUCAAUCUGAAUGGGCAACCGGGAGGUCAGAGGUCAGACGCAAGGAGAGGGGACGGUGUGGUGGUGGGAGGAGGAACUAAAGGAGGAGUUGGUGGUGUGGGGUUGGGCUCAGUGGAAGGGAUUUCUCUUGUUGCAGGCCAGCAGGUGUAUGCCCAGCAUGGUGACAUGACUGGGCUGAGGCCACCAGAACACAACGGGGACAACCGGAUGGUGAGAGGUGGAGCAUUUCAGCCAUACUUACCAGACAAGGACUCCCUGCAGGGCUGGGUGGGCUCGGCAUCAUCAGGACAUGAUGGAAGCUUGCCAGGCUUGCACACAGCCCAGGAAGCCUUACUGACGCCGAAAGAAGACAAGGCAGACUUCUCUGCUGAGGGAAAAUGUGUUGAAGAACGCGGAAUUGCACUCUCUAGAAAAGUGGGGAUGGAUGUAAGAAAGGGUGCUCAGUCAUUGCAGCGCACCAGUCUCCGGAGAGUUAAACACUGAAAUACAAAUACUGCCCGGUCCUCCAGGACCGGAAACCCACUGCCAAAACACCCACCACAAAAACACGACCGGAACGGAGAUGGAAAUGAAGAAGAAGGAGAAGAAGAAGUGGGGAGCAAGUGGAGAAAAUAUACCAGGACAACCAGAAACAUCCUCAACCUGUGAUCAUGAAGCACCACAAAACAAAAGAAGAUGAAAACAAAAAGAGGAGUUGAACUUGUAGUUUUAUAACAUUUGUAAAGAAAAAUAUAACUAAACAGAGGCAUGGUCAUUCAUUUUUAUACAAAAAAGAAAAACUAUCAAUGUUCGUAAAACAACUAAGAAAAAAAGCAACAAAGUGCUUCCUGUGAACUGUAAUCGCAUGAUAACUUCUGGUGCAUGCCCUUUGACCUUUUGAACUGUCAUUAUCUACAAACUGAAGGAGUAAAAACUGAAGGUACAGGGGCUGGGCCGUGCAUGGGUCAUAAGACCUUUUGAAGGACCUCAUGCCCACCAACUGGAGUCGUUUGUCAGCGAGUUGAGUCCAUUAACACUGCAGCCAAACAAAAAAACAAACAAACAAAAAAAAAUACACAACUCCCUCAAAGGAUGGCUGUAUAUGCAGCAAAGCCUCUGCUGAGCCAGCGCUUCUGUCAUCGGACCCUUUCUCCUCUUAUUCUUAAUGUGAUAUAUGCACUCUAUGCUCUGUGGACAUGUGUGUGCGUGCGUGUGUUUAAAUUGCUCUGCAGCAUGUGUUACCUUGCUUCGGGCUCUGCGUUGAGCCUCGCCUGCCCUCCCCUGAUUGGCUUGUUGUCUCUGUGAUGUCACGGCGUGCUCGACCUCUGCAAAGAGAAAGCCGCUGGCUCUUCCCCGCUUGUGGGUUCUCGUCUGCGUGUGUCUAUGUUUUUAUUUAGAUUUAUCCUUAAAUGAGUUUGCUUCCUCUUCGGUAUAUGUCCGCUUUGGUUCUCCACUUUAUUUGACUUUGGUAGAGAACUGAAUCUCUUUAAUUCCCUCGUGUCUUCAGGAGUAAUGUGUUUUAAAGACAUCGGAAUGUUUUCCUUGGGAAUGAGUCGGUUGCUUGACGCCAUUGCACAGCAGCUCUGAUAAAUAUCUUGACUUUUUCCUUCCUUAUGAGCUUUUUCUGUUUUUUCUUGGUAGCAUAUCUCUUUCUGAGCCAUCUUUAUUGGUAGCCCUCGUUUAUAUGCAGUGAAAAUCGCAGGUCUCUUCUAUCCAUUUUACUUCUCUGCUUCAUCUUUUUUAUCUGUUUGUUUCAGCUGCGGCAUCUUGCUGUCAAAUAUUUAUUCACCCAUUCAAUACAAAAGACAUAGAAGAAAUACUGAAGAAGUUGACUUUUAAGGCAUUGCUUGGAAAAUUCCUGGCAAGUGUGAAGUUGCAGGUGACAAAAUGUAAAGCGUGGACAGAGAGGUAGCACUGUGACUGUCCGGUUAUCACUGACCCCAGACUCGUGAACUUUCUGUAUGUGGCUUGCAAAGGUAUUUAUACCUCGUGAACAUUUUCUCAUUUUAGAACUUCAAUGCAUUGCAUUGAGAUUUUACAUAAUGAUGAAACAGAAAGUAUUGCAUAAUAGGUAAAAGGAUAUGUAUGUGUUGUAAAUGUUUUGUUACAAAUGAAGUAUAGGAUGCAUUUUCAAUUGCAGCCCUGCAAUUACAGGUUGCACACUUUUUUUUCUGUGCAACAAGUUUUCUCAUUAAGUCAUCAUUUUUUAUUUAAAGCGCACCUUUUAGGCUUGUUGUUAACAAAUGGCAAAAACAGUGCUACAUGUGUCAGAAAACAUCCCCAAAAUAUACACUGAAGUUUGUAGUUGUCACAGUCACAUGACAAAAUGUGAAGAUGUUUUAUAUAAAUACCUUUGCAAACUUGAGGACAUUCAGAUAUAGAACAUGAAAAAGCACAUAAACAAAAUAAACAUAUGGUUGAAAGAUCAGAAUGUCAGACAGCUUUGCCACAGCAAUAAUACCUAACAAAAAGAAAAGAUGAUUGUCCAGCAAUUUUGAUCUCUGAUGUAUUUUUUUUAUUAUAGUUACUCAUUAUUUAAAACACUAAUGUAGAAAAUCUAAUUUCGCUGAAGUUAUUUUUAAAAAGUUUGUUUGUUGAGAUGGAGUCACCUAAAUUCGGUUUUGCUUUCACUGAGUUUUUAAGGCUAUUAGUGUUUCACACAUAAAAAAAUAAAUAAAAAAUCAAGCUCACAUUACUGAAAAUCACGUAUCUUUUAACAAUUUAUGCAGAAACCAGACAGCAGCACUAUGUAGAUUUUGUAUCACAGUAGCACACAUUUCUGGAUCGUCUCAGCACUAUUUUAUCCCACAAGUACUGUAAAUGCUACUGUAGCCUGAAUGAGUGCAGCACAGAAUGAAUGCACAUAUUUUUCAUAUGCUCUCCAUGCAAGCAACCUUCAUCAGAUAAUAGCACAUGUUUUCUAACAUCAUAUUUUACACUCAGGUUUUUUUUUUUUUUUUUUUUUGCUCUGUAAAAUGAAAAUGGGGUGGAAAUACAGAUCGACAGAUCGCUCGAUGGAAAAGGAGGAUGACUCUAGGAAGGAGUACCGGAAACGAGGGUCGUGAAUUUUGUAGUCCUUUUAAAGAGUGACAUCUAUGUCUUUUUUUUUUUUCAUUAUUAUUGUUAUUUUGGGGGACCACAUGUAACAGGUUUGUGUACAGAUGUGUGUCAGAGUAUAUUGAUUAAGAUGACACCAAAAAGUAGUUUUUAAUGCAUCUGAAUGAGUCCUCCUGCUGCAGCCCUGGCAAAUGGGUUUUGUUUAUCCUACGUCAUUUUAACACUUGAUGAACAAAAACUAACCAGAAGCACAGGGAUAACUGCAUUUAUUUGUUUAUUCUUUUUUUUUCUUUUCAAUGUUUGAGUUGAAAUCCAGCUGCUGCCAGUAAAAUUACUGGCAGCAGCAUAAUCUUACAUUGAAGAUUGUAGAGAAAUAUAACUUUGGGGGAGGCGAAACCUUGCCUCCAGAAUUAACCUGUGCCACAAUUACUGGAACCUCUGUCAAUUAAAAUAGAAAUAAAAUAAAUUGCAUUUUAUGCUUCAAUGAGUAGCAUUUUGAGGUUACUGUGUGUCUAUAGCAACCACUGGACAUUACCUACAUGCUAAUGUGAGGCAUGCGGGAAGAAUAUCUCGUCAGUCCAUCUGUCACAAACUUAAACUUGUAGAGCUUGCUAAGCUCUGAUGUAACUUUAACUGAUAAAUGUAAAUGGAGAGCUUCUCUUAACAGCACUGGAAACCUUGUUAUAGUGCAUUGCAUCAUCAUUUCUCUAACUCUAUUAGAUUAUGCUACUGCAAUAAAAGAUUAAUUUGUUUGAAAGACUUUUAUGUAUCUUUACCCAGUGAAUGUGGAGAAUCCUCCUUGGAAGCCCUGUAUACUCUCACCAAAUCAGCUUUAUCUGGAUGAAACAGGGCCCAGAUCCUCACUAUCAUUCAACUAUAUUUUAUUCACUCAUUUUCAGAGUACAAAUAAUAUCAGUCAGCACUAUAGUCUGUACUCCAAUGUGAAAUACAUUUUGUGUUGUACCUUUGUUAAAGUAGCACUAUCACAAAUAUUCACUCUGUACCUCCACCAUUUAGUCCUUUUAUUGAUAAUGGUAGCUUUAAAAUGAAACCAUUUGACCUAAGACAUGUUGUGAGGCACAAAGCCAAAAUUUCUAGAUCAGUUUCACAGAUUGUGUAAAGUAAUUUGUAACACUGUUUUGUGUUUUUUUUUUUUUUUUUUUUUUGUGGUAAGAGUUGAAACUGUCAGUCAUACAUUUGAAAAGGUUGACAGCUGUAAAGUUAUUUAGGGCAGUGGUUCCCAAACUGGAGGUCAUGACCCUUCUGUGGAUGAUGAAAGACCAUGUAGUGGGAUUUCAUCAUCAACUUAAUUUUUAAAAAAGUAAUAAGCCCAGCUUAUUUUUGAAACAUCUAAAUAAAAACAGUACUCGGCUUGAGGCUAGCGUAUCUGUCAUUCCCCUUGCCAGCCCCUAAGUGGUAAAAGGAUACCAUUAUUGUUGGUAACCUGUAAGGUUUCACUAAAUUAAGCAAAACUAAAAUCUCAAAGAUGAAUUGCAUACCAUAUUUUUGCUUCACAUUCAGUGGCAGAUCAUUGAUUUAAAAUUCACAAGACAUGCACUUCAUUUUAUUGUUUCUUUUCAGAGAGCUUGUGGCACCCAUAUUAAGAACAACCACUCCUCAAAUUUCUUGUACUGCUCACUUAUAAGAAAAUAUGUCAAACAAUUUUCUUCUUUAAAUUUGUUUCCUCUUUGAGAAGAACUCUCUUAUACAAUGGUAAACGUCCCUGCCACCAUGUUUGUCUGAUUGGUGUGAAAGUGUGUGAGCAUGACAACACUUGGUUCCAAACCUUGUCGGAUCAGAAGAAGAAAGAAGACAUUUCUACCAAGCAUGUGAGUGAAGAGGGUGUGUAACCUACGACAAUGUAUUUUAAAACGAGUAUUGUAAAAUAUUAACUGUUGCAAAGAAUAGAGAUCACCUAUACUCCUUUAGACUGGAUACAUGACAGUGUAAACGCAAUAUCAUAUAACUAUCCUAAGGAAUGCAACCGCGCACAUGCACAAAAAAAAGAUGGUUUUUAUGAAAAUGUAUGUAUAAAUAUAUGACAAAAUAUAUUUAAUUAGAAUGCUAUGCACCCUCCUAGAGUUGUUAUGGAUGUUCUUUAAGCAUUAUCUAGUUUAGGCCGACACCCACAUCUUGGGGAAUGUAGAGGCUUUGUAGCUAUGAUCAUUUGUUUUCUUUUCUUUUGUAUUGUCCUGGAGAGGAUAAACAAACGUGAAUAUGUAUACAAGCCUUUGGAUCAAACAUGAAGAUAUGUAUAGAUCAUGUUACCCUGUACACCAGCUCUUACCAUUUACAAGACUUAAUAAACAGAAAAGAUGGGACAUAA